CCCUGCCCUGCCCCGGGGCCGCCCCACGGCGCAGGGCACAGCCAGGUUUGCGGGUGGGGAAGGUGAGGCGUCGCGGGGAGGAGCUGCCUGUGCCGGGGCAGCGCCGCCGCGCUCCCUCGGCCGCCGGGGCUCUCUGGGAGGCGGCAGCGGGGCUGCCCCGCUCCGAGGAGCAGCGAGCGAGCGCCUGUUCCCCGCAGCUGCCCCUCGGCCCGGGCCGGCCUCCCUGCAUCGCCCAGCAGCCGCAGCCCCUUCAAGGGAAUGCUUCCAGAAACACGUCGCAAUUUAAAUAAAGAGUAUCGGAAGAUGAUUUGCUGCCGUGCCCGCUGAGGGAUGCCAGCGUUUCACAGAAGCACCAUAGUCGCAGUGCUGUCACUACAUCCUGACGGGGCUAACGCAACUCUUCCACGCUGACUGGGGUGAAAUUUUAUGGACAUGGCUUUGCAUACCUGAAAUUUUUUUCCCUUUGGGAAAUCUGGGCAAAGAUAACCCGAGCUGAAGUCUGUUGUGAAUGAAAAGCUCCACGGGUCGAUUGAGUGCUCAAGAUGUGGACAGAAUGGCUGGGGAAAGGGAGAAAUUUAACUGUUUAUCAUGGCAGAAUGGGCAGGGAAACAUGACAGCAAAAACACUGUUUUCUUGUAACAUUGCAACAGCAUUUCUGUCCUUAAUUAUUGCAAAGAAAUGUGAAGCCUAUGAUGUGAUGUUGAAGCAGACUCUUGUGCCUGAUGGGCAGCCUCUUGCUAUUAAAUGUUCACUGGAAAAGAUUUUGAAAAGUGGAGACUAUAACUUAACAUGGUAUAAAGUUGGUAGCAAGAGAGCUGUGCCUAGAGACAAACUGUCUAGAGUUCAUCAGCAGAAGAAUCUGAUUUUGUUUCUUCCUGCCACGUUAGAAGAUUCUGGAGAUUAUGAAUGUGUCAUAAGGGAUUUGACGAGCUGCAAAAAAAUGUGUACAAGAGUAACAGUUUUUGAGAGGAUUGAUGGUUUAUGCUUAAAUGAAAAAUUUGCUGUAGAGGAGGUGAUAUUCACAUCAUCUUCUGCAAAGGUUGUUUGUCCCCACUUGGAUUAUUUCAGGAAAGACAAGAAUAUUAAUCCUGUUCAUUGGUAUAAGGACUGCCAGUUGCUGGAAGGAAAAAGGUUUGCCCUUUCAAACAGUGACCUUAUAAUUUUCAAUGUAACUGUACAUGAUGGAGGAAACUAUACAUGUGAAACAACAUAUACCUACAAUGGGAAACAGUAUAAUAUUUCACGAGAUAUCAGUCUGGUUGUAGAAGUGACCCCACCAAAAAAGCCUCCAGAAAUAACUUAUCCAAGAAACAACUCUAUUGAAGUGGAACUUGGCUCACAGGUUACUGUGGAUUGCAACACCACAGGUGCUGAUGGGUAUGAGGUAUACUGGACAGCACACGGUGUGGAUAUUGAUGUAUUUCACAUGAGCAGAAUUUUUGCAAGUUCCUAUGAGGGAGAAACUUCUUAUGACGGGCGCCCUGUGCAUUCUGUGAAGCUAAUAAUUUCAGAAGUAAUCAGUGAAGACUAUGAAGAGCCUUUUGUCUGUCAAGCUUCAAAUGCCUUUGGGCAAGUUGCAUCCUAUAUUAUAUUAAAACACAGAGUUCCUGACAUACGACAAUGGCUGACUGGAGGGCUUGUCUCUUUGUUAAUUUUAACAUUUAUUACUUUAAUAAUCUACAAGAUUUUCAAGAUUGAUUUGGUGCUUUGGUACCGUACUUCUGUCUGUGCCCUUACAAGUAAGGAAGAUGGGAAAAUCUACGAUGCAUAUGUCCUGUACACAAAAAGCAGUGAAGACAGAAGUAUAUGUUGUCUGGAAACCUUUGUUCGUAGGAUAAUCCCAGAUGUUUUAGAAAAACAAUGUGGAUAUAACCUUUUCAUAUUAGGAAGGGAUGAUUUACCAGGAGAAGCUGUGGUCAGUGUUGCUGAUGAAGCCCUUAAGCAAAGCAGAAGACUGAUGAUUAUUUUGGGAUCAGAAGCAUCUAGGUGCUGCCUCUUGGAAGACACCUCUGAGCAACAGCUAGCUAUGUAUAACGCUCUCAUCCGUGAUGGAAUCCAAGUGGUUCUUAUAGAAAUGGGUGAAAUACAGGACUACACCAGCAUGCCAGAAUCAAUCAGAUACAUUAAGCAAAAACAUGGAGCUAUUCAAUGGAAAGGGGACUUCUCAGAGAAAUCUUGUUCAGCAAACACAAGAUUCUGGAAAAAUGUGCGUUAUCAAAUGCCACCCAGGAAAAAGGGAUCUUAUUCUGAAGUGUAUUCCUUGCCCCUAAUGUCAAACAGUUCUGCAGCAAAGGAAAGUUAAGAAGCACUUAUUUAGAUAAUACUAAGAAGGUAAUUCUUAAUUGGGACGUUUCUCGCCUAUUCUUUAUACUACAAAGUAAAUGUUUUCUUUGAGGAGUAGAAACUGCUCGUCUCUUCCAAAAAUUACACCCAAAAAGAAAAAGCUCUGUGCAACUUUUAUUUCUGUUACUUCUGAGUUUUGGAUAGUGCCACAAUUUGUUGUGUUAGUCUCCAUCAAAUAUUUUAAGUAAAGAGAGUGAUGAUGAUAGGCUAUUAAGAAGCUGUAGUCCACAUAAAUGCUGUAUGAAAAAACAACUGUGAAGUCCAUUUUUAAAAAAAUCAAAACUGCAGUUGAUAAAAUUAAAAGUCUAUUCCUAUCAUCAGCAUUCUCUUUGUCAUUCUGUUCCAAUUCUUGUUGCCUCUCCAUGAUUGUCUGAUUUCCUUAUUGCUGCAAGAAUCUGCUCUGUGCAAGCUUUGUCUCCUGAGCAACAGACCUUACCCUUGCUGCUUGAAAGGGUUGGGGAAAUACAUGACAUAGCAUAUAUUAAAACUCAUCACAACACUAAAUGUGUUUCUGCUGAACAGUUGGUACUAAAUGUGUUCGGCAAAUGGAAGGGAAUGAAAUCUGUGGAUUUUUAGAGUGUUGAAUAAUUCUGUGAUGUGUGGUGUAUGUUUACUUUUGAAACUCAGUCUCUUGUAAUGCUUGGGAAACUGAAAAUAGUUGGUACUUCUUGAGAAUGGGAAGCUUUCUAGACUGUGCUGCUACUCUGGAAACCAGAUGUUGUCAUGGUGUGUCUCAGCUGUGCUAACUGCAUGCACAGAAAUUCUCUGAGAAUCUACCAAAGAGCUGUGCUUGGGCUGGGUAUCCUGGAGAGGGGGAAGUGGCCAGUGCUGAAACAUGACCAAAUUCUAAUGGCAAGAAAUGGUAUCUCAUCUACUUGUGAAAGAAAAAGUUAAAGGCAUCUGGCUACAUCAAACUUCUUGAGAGUAGCUUGGUAUUUCUGGAUCCCAAUCCACUUUUGUUGUGCAUCACUGUGAGAAAAUGACGUGCUGCUUCCUUUUCAAGGUGGUCUGAAGCAGCAGGAGUUUUUGUGCUCUAGCUUAGAAGAACAUCAUCUAAAUGCAAAUAUGAAUUUUGCUUGCUUUUAAAAAAUUAUUUUCGGAAGUUAUAUAGGUUCUAACAUCAUGUUUAUUGCCAGGAUAGCAUCUGUCGUGGAAUUCCUUUCAGUUGGUACUCAGAGGUAUGUGUAUCUAGAAUAUAUUCUUCAUUGGGCUGUACUGAUGGGAGAGAAAGGAAAAUCUAGGAGUGGAAAUAUAUAAUCAAAGCGAAAGAUUUCCAAUAGCAUUUCAUGGUACUUUUUUUAUUUGUAAAAGUGUAGUAAAUACUCCUUAGGAGCAGUGUCUCAUACUUCUGGCUGUGGGCUUCACAACUGUGUAAUUUUCCACAGCCUUCACUGACUAGAGACUUGUUCCGAGGUGUCACCAGGAAAACCAGGGACAGGAUAUAUCUAUCAGAUGAGGCACUAUUGUCCUAGUAGAUGCUGAAUCUACUAUAAUCUGAUAUUUAGGCUGGAACACUUAAAAAUAAAUUUAGGGUCUUAGAGAAUUCAGAUAACCAUUAUUGUCAAAUUUUUACAUCGUGUUUACCCUUAGCUUGCUCAAAAAGGUAUUUAAAAUUAGUUCCCUUCUUUCCUUUUUAAAAUUUGUGUUUAAAAACAGAACCUUCUUAUUAUCCAUGUAGAAGGAGAAAACUAAUAAGGAAAUGGAGUUGAAACUGUGGUAGAUUUUUUCAGCUUCCUUAUUUCAUGUGCUUUCGAAUAAAAAAAAACCCAAACAAACUAAUGACUGGGACUUGCAGUACUAUGUAAAAGUAAAUUGAUUUGCAAUUUGUGCUGUUAAUUUUUUUCUUCUGUGAAUGUGCUGUUACGCUAUCUGGCUGCUUUUUUUCAUAGUUCUUUUCAGAGGUUUCUCACAUUAUUCAAGAUAAUAAUUUUCCCAUUUCUCUACUAAAUGAGACUCCUAAUGACUCGUAAGUGAAGAAGGAUGAUUGUGAGUCAGCAUUGAUUUACCUGAUACUUUCUUUUAAACAACAUUUAGUGUGAUUAUUUUGUGUCCUUGUAUAAAAGUGAGUGUGGGAGGUAGGUUUUGGUUAUCAUGGUUGAUUGAUAGCUAGCUACUUCAAUGUAGCACGACAUGAGAUGGCUUAGACUUUUAUCAGGGGGCUUAAUUUUGAAACUGAAUUUUGUUUCUAUUUUCUCUCCUUGGAGAAUGUUUUUUGCAAGUCACAUUGGAAAAUGCAAUUUUUUUUUUUUUGUGGUAGAAUAAAAGAAGUCCCAUAGAGACAGA